AUGGAGGAGUUCACAGAUUUUUCAACAGAUGAUAUGUUAAGAAAAUGGAAAGAAAUUGCAAGUUCAAUCUCGGCUAAGAAGACCCUGAAUACUACAUGGAAUCCUCCACCUCCUGGAUUUAUCGAACUAAAUUUUGAUGGUAGUAGCAUGAAGAAUCCAGGGCCCUCAGGUAUUGGGGGGGGUUUACGAGAUGAGAAUGGUAAUAUAAUAGCUAUGUUCUCUAGCUCAAUUGGAGUGGGGGAUUCAUUGAGGGCUCAGGUGUUAGCAGCCCUGGAAGGGGUACAAAGGGCUAAAGACCUAAAGGUCAAGAAGCUGAUUGUAGAGGGAGAUUCUAUGGUGGUAGUGAGCUGGUUGAAAGAAGACAAUUCUAAGCUCUAG